AUGGGACUCUCCAAGAUGAUAGGCGCCGCUUUUGGGGAGAAUGUGAUCCUCAUGUCCGGUGGACAGGACACCACGGUCCAAGCCAAAGGAGAGGUGGAGGUCUAUGGCCUCAGUGGCCUGCGAACGCGGUCGCUGCUGGCAGAGCAAUACCAGCGUGAACGCGGCCAAGCCAGCAGUGCGGUCAAUGAAGCUUUGAGCUGCGAGUCCUGUUGGCUGCUGCGGAAGCUGACGCCCUACCAGAUGCAAUGCUUGUUCGACAAGGUGGGGCACUCAGAUCCGAAGCAGGCGGUUUUCUGCAGAGAACCCCCUCCGGCCGAGCACCAGGAUUUGCACAUCAUAUUGCAGGGCCAGGUGGCACUCAGCGAGGCUGUUCGAGGCGACGAGGUUGCAAUGGUUGAGCGUGUGGUGUCCAAGGACUUGCAGCACCUCCGAAUGGACCAGCUGGAUGGCCUGGCCAGUCUCUAUGAGUUGGUCAAUGUGAAGCCUGGCGAAACCAUUGAGAGGCCGUGCUUUCGGCUUGGCUUCAGCUUGAGAGGCCAGGUGAAGGCACGAGGGUAUGGAACUCACCGUUGCUAUGAUAAAUAUGUGUCUCUAAGAGGAGUGGGCAAAGUUCUCAUACCAGAAGAUGCAGACAUUGAAGCGGAUAAGUCUCCUUUGCUCCGGCUCAGUUUGGCCGCCGGCGAUGUCGUAGCUGUCGCCACGGCCCCACGUGCAGGCCGCACCGUGGCUGUUUUCUUGGAGGUGGUCCGGCGGAAGAAGCGGCUGAGUGCCAGUCCGGACAUCUCCCCAAUGAGCCAGAGCAGUGAGGCUCGGCAACGCUCGCCCUCCAUGAGACUGGCGGUGCUGUCGGAUGAUAAGGUGGGUGCCUUGAGGAAGAUCGUGGUCUUCCGGACCUUGGCGCCGGAGCAGUUGCACCGCCUGGCGGAAGCCCUCGAGGUGGUGAACAAGAAGCCGGGAGAGAUCAUAUUUAACCAAGGUGACUCAGGAAAGGAGUUCUACAUCAUCCAUACGGGACUCCUGGAGGUCAGCAUUGGCGGAAAGAAGGUGCGCUCGCUGGGUAUGGGUGACUAUGUCGGUGAACGAGCCCUCCUCUACUCGGAGCCCAGAAGUGCCACGGUGAAGGUGGUGGAGGAAUGCGAGUUGUGGAGAAUGGGCCAUGAAGAGUUCAAUCAGGCCGUAGAGGGGCCCAUUUGCGAGUACAUGAAGGCACGGUACGAGCAAGGCGAGUGCAUCUACCGCGGUCUGCGCGGUCCACAGCGACGCACGCAGAUCGAUGACUCCCGGCAAAGCAAGGACCGGGUGACCCAGCAGCUCCGGCAGGGGCUGGACGAGGUGGAACAACGGGCAGCUGGGGCGGUUCUGUGUCAUUCCAAUUUUAGGGUAGAGAGCAUUUGGUGGAAGUCCUGGAGCGUGGCCACCGCUGCCGAGUUCAUUGACUUGCUUGCGGGUGAUUGGACGAGGAGGAUUCGGAGUGGUGAAGAUGGCCUGCGACUCGGAGUGGUGCAGUCCAAGACGAGUGGCACAAGGUAUGCUUUGAAGUGUGUUAGCAAGAAGCAAGCUGUUGAACAGAAACAGCAGAAAGCCCUUGCACAUGAAAGAGAUAUCUUGGCGGAACUGGACCAUCCCUUUAUCAUCAAGUUUGUCCGCUCGUUCAACGGUCCGCGUUUUGUGUACUUUCUGACGGAACUCGUGACGGGCGGAGAGCUCCUCGAUGCAUUGGAUGCCCUCGGCUUGUUGCAAGCUCCUCAGGCCCAGUUCUACUCGGCAUCGAUCAUCCUGGCCAUAGAGUUGCAGACUGAGCCAAGCCUUCAAGCCAAGAUGUCGUUCAAGAACGGAUGUGAAAACUGCCUGAUCGACCAACAUGGCUAUCUCAAGAUCAUUGACUUUGGCGUUGCAGAGCGAAUUACGGAUGGCCGCAUUUACGCCGUGAAGGGAACACCCUUGUUCAUGGCUCCAGAGGUGAUUCUGGGGAAGGGCUACACCACUGCUGCUGACCUCUGGAGCUUGGGUGUGUGCCUCUUCGACUUCAUGGUGGGCUCCUUCCCCUUUGGAGAUGACCAAGCCAGCAAUGCAGAGAUCUUCAAAGCCGUUCUCAAAGCGCCGCUGAAGUUCCCCAAAUGGCUGGGAGUUCACGAGAAGGAUGGGUGGCCAACGGGGCAGGGUUGA